AUGGAAGACCUAUCCAAGUCAGUGGAGGCCAAUGCUGAAAGUACGAGGAGUCUUCAGGCGGGACAAGUGGGUUGCCGUAUUGGUCAGAAGGGAUUGGGAGAUAAAGUCGAUGGUCUUGAAAAUGCUGUUCAGGGACUCGGACAAGGCAUGGUAGAGACGUUCGACUCUAACCAAGCCACUGAUUGGCUUGACAUCACAUAUGAGUGGUUGGAGCUACAGUGGACCGCGUCGGAUGUUCCCCUUGGUGAUGAGAUAAAUACUUGCGCUGCUAGCAACAAUAAAGGUACUGCCAUCGUUGGGACUUACUCUCUGACAAUCCGUUUGCGAGAGGUAGCUGGAGGAGGAUCAAACUUGAGGCGAGUGUUUCACAAACCGGUGGCUAGCAGCUCUAUUCAAGGUUGUAUUGGACUCGGUAUGGGAGGAUUAGUCAGGGUUGCUAUACGGCAUCGAUCCGGCGAUUUUUGA